AUACACAGACUCUAUUGAAUAUCAUGGAACACACCUUGGCUCUCGAUGAUGCGCUACGUGUUAAAGCUGAGAAUCUAAUCCGUAUAUUUCAGAGUAACUUAUUCCAAGCUCUGCUGGAUAUUCAGGAAUACUAUGAGGUAACACUGACUCAGCACUCAGCGACGUCCUUCAUCAGACCCACAGAGAAGAAGUACCGGUACCAAGAUGACGACUCUCCUCCCCUGGAACAUAGUCCCGCACACUUGGCAAACCCCAUGAAGGCCCCCGAGCUGGUCCAUGUCUCAGAGAAGAACCUAUCACAGAUAGAGAAUGUUCACGGUUAUGUCUCUCAUUCCCACAUCUCACCAAUGAAGGUAGAAAUGCUUCGUGAUUCCAGGGAGAUGUAUGAUGAGGUUGCCCCUGGAGACACCUAA